UGUUCUAUUCAAGUUUGUGCUCUCGCCAUCUGGUGAUUUGGGCAGCGGGAUACUCCCAAAAUUAACACCUUCCCUGAGCUUCCACCUUGCAACAGCCCGCUGGAUCCCCUUCCCCUCUAAAGAUAAGAGCUCGGCCCGGCCUCGCCGAAACCAUAGCUCUAGGGUUUUAAAACCAAGAAGUCGUCGCGUUGAUUAGGUUCGAUUUCUCUGCUCGAUCGAAGCGUCGGCUCCCCUCCGAUCUCCGGUCAUGGCCUCCUUCCGGCCGUUCCCCCCUGCUCCUCCGCCCAAGUCAUCCUUCCCUCCGGCGCCCGCGCCCACGCCCGCACCCGCACCCGCACCGAACCAGAACCCCCUCCCGCCGCCCCCUUCCGUGCAACCCCCGAUCGGCCACCACCAGCCCUACAACCAGCACAACUUCCCAUCCGCCGCCGCCACCGGUGGUGGCGCUGCUCCUCCUCCGCCCAAUUACGGCCGGCUUCCCCCCAACCAGGGAAUCGGCGCCCCCUUCGAGCCCCAGAGAAAUCAACAGCAGGCUCCUCCCCCUCGGCCGCCUCACCAGCCGCCGCCACCGCAGUACCCCUAUGGCCCCCUCCUUUCCCCCGGCGCCGCCGCCGCCCUCCUCCUCGUACCCUCCGCCACCGCUUCCUCCUCAGCCGCAGCCCUCUAUGUAUUACCCUUCCUCCCAGUACUCUUCUCAGUAUAACCCUCCGGCCCAACCGCCCCCUCCACCCCCUCCGCCGCCGUCUUCCCCUCCCCCUAAUCCUUCCCUUCCUCCUCCGCCGCCUCCUCCGGUCCCCCCUCCAUCCGUUCCACCCCCUCCCCCUCCUCCUACUUCCUCUCACUCAGCCCAAUCGAUGCCCGCUAAAGAAGCCUCCCGUCCCGGUUAUCAGCCGAAGCCCUCCAUCCCACUCAAACAGCAGAAGCCCCCCUCGGGGCCCCUGGCGGCAGCGCCUCUGGCAGGGCGGACUGCGGCUCAUCCGGGGGCCCCAAAUGGGCCCUCGGGGAGGGUGGAGACGGAGGAGGAAAGGAGGGCGAGGAAAAGGAAGGAGUAUGAGAGGCAGAAGAUGGAGAACAAGCGCCAGCAUAUGCUGAAGCAGUCGCAGGCCACUGUGCUGCAAAAGACGCAGAUGCUGGCAUCGAGCAGCACAAGGCUGCACGGCUCAAUGACAGGAUCGCGCAUGGCAGAGCGCCGAACAACCCCGUUCUUGGGCGGGGAGAGGAUUGAAAAUCGGCUGAAGAAGCCGACCACGUUCCUCUGCAAGAUGAAGUUUAGGAAUGAGUUGCCAGAUCCAACCGCACAACCAAAACUAUUAGCUAUAAAUACUGAUAAAGACAGAUAUACCAGAUAUACCAUCACAUCGUUAGAGAAAAUGUACAAGCCCAAACUCUACGUUGAGCAAGAUCUUGGGAUUCCUCUUGACCUACUUGACAUUAGUGUGUACAAUCCUCCCAAAGUGCGCUUUCCCCUAGCACCAGAAGAUCAAGAAUUGUUGCGUGAUGAUGAGGUAGCAACACCUAUCAAACAAGAAGGUAUAAGGAAGAAGGACCGGCCCACUGAUAAAGGUGUUUCAUGGUUGGUCAAGACUCAGUACAUUUCUCCACUGAGCACAGAUGCAGCCAAACUGUCUCUAACUGAAAAGCAAGCAAAGGAAAUGCGCGAAAACAGAGAAGGACGGAAUGUCUUCUUAGAGAAUCUUAACAACAGGGAAAAGCAAAUACAGGCCAUUGAGGAAUCUUUCAGGGCAGCUCAAUUGCCUCCUGUCAAUCAAACUAAUCCUAAAUUGCGGGCUGUGGAGAUUCUACCUUUGUUACCUAAUUUUGAUCGAAGCUGGAGCAAUCUUGGAAUAAUCCUGUAUUUUCCACUACCAUUAAAGAAACAUUUGUUGCCUGGCGCCAAACAUAUUUGCGGGGAUGAUGAUCAGUUUGUUAUGGUAAGCUUUGAUGGAGAUCCAACAGCUGAUGCAGAGCAGUACAACAAGUUAGACAGAUCUAUUCGUGAUGAGUACGAAUCACAGGCUAUAAUGAAGAGUUUUGUAGUAAAUGGUUCAGAUCCUGCAAAACCAGAGAAGUUUUUGGCGUACAUGGUUCCUGCACCUGAUGAGCUAUCCAAGAAUAUGUAUGAUGAAAAUGAAGAUAUAUCAUACUCCUGGGUUAGAGAGUAUCAUUGGGAUGUGAGGGGUGAUGUUGCUGAUGACCCCACAACUUACCUUGUUACUUUUGACGACAAAGCUGCACGAUAUUUGCCCCUACCCACGAAGCUUGUCUUACAAAAGAAGAGGGCAAAAGAGGGAAGGUUUGGAGAUGAGAUUGAGCAUUUUCCUGUGCCUGCAAGGGUGACUGUGAGGAGGAGGUCAGCUGUUGCUGUUGGAGAAUUGAAGGAAUCUGGAGAAACAUCUGUGAAAAAAGAUCAGGUAGAUAUCUUGAGUUUAAAGCGGGGAAGGUUUUCAAGGGAUGAUGACUUUGAAAGAGAGAAUAAACUUGCACGAGUGGAUGACAUGGAUCAGUUCAGCGGGGAGGAAGACAUGUAUGAUUAGUUACUAGCAAUGCAUCAACCACCUUAUCUAAAGAAUAUUUAUUUCUGUCAGAGAUGUAUAGUUCUGGACUAUUACUAAUCCAGGAAGAGAUGGUGAAGCACACCUGACCACCAUGGAUGUUAAAUUCAGAAGUCAAAAAAAGGCGAGGUGGUGGUGUUUCUCCAUUUGUUUGCUUCAAUCACAAGGCAUGUGCUCACAAGUGAUGGUUGGCUGUUGUGGUCAUAAAUGAAACUCAUUUUCAAAUCUUGCAGGCAUAUACAAUUGUAACAUUACAUGAGUUUAUUCAUAAAUAGAUCUCCUAUUCUGUUUUUCCCUUU